CGCCGGUGCGCAAGGGUCCGGCGGCCUCGCGGCUCCGCCCCGGUAUUUCCCGUCCGCCGGCCCGUUUCGCGCAGCCGCCCGCGCGGCUGAGACUUGGCGCGUCGCGCAGGCGGCGGCGGCAUGGGGCUGAGCCGGGUGCGGGCAGUCUUCUUCGACUUGGACAACACGCUCAUCGACACGGCCGGGGCGAGUCGGAAGGGCAUGUUGGAGGUGAUAAAGCUCUUACAAUCAAAAUACCAUUACAAAGAAGAAGCUGAAAUCAUCUGUAACAAAGUUCAAGUUAAACUCAGCAAGGAAUGUUUUCAUCCUUCUAAAAGCUGCAUUACUGACCUCAGGACUUCACACUGGGAAGAAGCAAUCCAGGAAACAAAAGGUGGUGCGGCCAAUAGGACAUUAGCUGAAGAAUGUUAUUUCCUGUGGAAAUCUACACGUUUACAGCAUAUGACACUAGCAGAAGAUGUCAAAGCCAUGCUCACUGAACUUCGAAAGGAGGUCCGCCUACUUUUAUUAACAAAUGGAGAACAACAGACCCAGAGGGAGAAGAUCAAGGCUUGUGCCUGUCAGUCCUAUUUUGACGCUAUUGUUGUAGGUGGAGAGCAGAAAGAGGAGAAACCGGCACCUUCCAUAUUUUAUUACUCCUGUGAUCUCCUUGGAGUACAGCCUGGGGACUGUGUGAUGGUUGGUGACACACUAGAAACCGAUAUACAAGGAGGCCUCAAUGCAGGGCUGAGGGCAACAGUCUGGAUAAAUAAAAAUGGAAUGGUGCCGUUGAAGCCAUCCCCCAGGCCGCAUUAUAUAGUUUCUUCUGUGCUAGAGUUACCUGCUGUCUUACAAAGUAUAGACCGCAAAGUCAGUGUGUCUGCUUAAAGCACAAAAAAGGGUAUGCUUACGAGUUUUAGGGUCAAAUUACAGGGUUUGAACUAAGAAAAGUUAAGGCAUUCUAUAUACUAUGACCCAGUUCUAAGGAUAAUCAUACUUGUCAUGUAAUGGCCAACCAACCGUUGACUGGUAUUUAUAUCUGAAAAUCCAGAGUACGUUAUUACAACUUAUGUUUAGUAGUGUAACCCAGAAGACUUGAGGAAGUAUAUUUGUUACUCUGUGGCUUGAGAUUUUUUUAAAAAUUAUUUUGUUCAUCUCUUAGCAUCUUGGAUCUAUGAAGAUACCAAGGAGGAUAACUUAUACAUUGAUGCACAAAUACAGAUUUUAUGUUUUGGCUUAACAAUAGGUAUUUUUUAAAAAACAGAUAUUCUAAAACAUAUAUACUAGAGAUUUAUUAGAGCAGUUGGAUCUGGUUAUUAUAAGUACCAACUCACUUGCAAAUCAAGGCAUUUCACAGUGAAAUUAUUUUCAUAUUUUCUGUUUCAAAAACAUGCACCAUAUUUUUGCCUACUUUGAACGUAUACUUCUCUUAUGAAUCUAAUUUUUCUGCAUUACCUUUGGGGCGUGGGGGGGAUAAUUUUCCUAUGGUGUGUACAUGACCAAUAAAUUCCUCCAGUAAAAAAGCUGUUAAAAUCAGCAUAUGGUGCUCCUUUUCCAUUACAUUUUCACAUCUUUCCAGGGUGAGCUUAUAGGUUCCUGUUAGUCUUUGCCUCUUAUGGAAGUACUUUUACUAAUCUUUUCCCAGGUACGCAGUGAGGUUGAGGGACCAGUCUGUCUUGCUGUGGAUGAGUGCAAACCACAUGGCCCCAGAAGUCACUUUCCUGGGAGUUGCCUUGGUGUGGCCUAAUCAUGCUGCCCCCCAUCUGUUGUCUGCUGACUGGAUAGUUUCACCCAUAUGAUGAAAACUAAUAGAAAAUUAGGUUUUGCUAUGAACCAUUUCCGGAGUGCCAUUUUAAUAGUUGACUGGCUCUUUUUGGUGUUACCAUCUGCCUUAAGUCUCCUGUUUUUCAAAUUUUGGGAACUAUGUCAUUGUUUCACAAAUUUCUAUAUCCAUUUCAGAGUUUGCUUUGAGCUUAGUAAUUAAAAUUCCAUAGGGAGGCAUCUUGCAACUAGAAAAAUUUCUCAAGACCAUUAGGCCAGAAAGUCUCAUGAUUUCAUCAGCCAAACUUAGAGUAAAAUGGUUAAUUAAGGAAAAAAGAAAUAAUGAUUAGGGUUGUUUUUUGGUAGGGUGUUUUUUUUUAACUUUUGUAUAGGAAACUACUAGUGUAAGAUGUUCGGUAGUUGGGGUGUAUUUAGCUAGGGCUCCUUCAAGUAUUCUAUGAAGAACAGGAUUCUCUGCCAUUGUGCAUGUGCCUGUUGCACUUCUCACUCUUAAUUUUUAAAACUGUGAUUGUGCCCUUGACUGUUCGCUCUGAAGCUGAACAUUUGUGGACAGGGAAUGUUUGUGUAUAGCUCUUCCAGGUACGGUGUCCAUGUGACCUCAAUUAUAUCGUAGCUAUUUGAAAAUUGUUAAGUUGGAGGAUGUUGACAGGAAAAUAGUUGUGUGCAUGAUUUCUCCAGUGGGCUGAGCAUGAUGCUGAGAGCUUGUCCUUUCAGCUCACCCACGGGAUGGGUCUAGACACAGCGCGUUCACUGUGCUCACUGAGAAGGCUCAUUGCUCCCAGAUCAUGGCAGCAGAUCUCCUAGGAUGUUAUGUGAGCAGUUGGUCAGCAAAAGUGAUCUGGCGGGGAAUGAAAUAAUUGAGUUUUUUGUAAUGUAAUAUUACAUUCCAUUUGCACUUUUCCUUAGGGAAGAACUUUGUGGUUUUCUGCCUUCUGAGUGGAAUGUUACAGAAGAUAUUAAGAAAUCUUGGAAUAGACCUAUUUUAUUAAUAAUGUUUUUGUUUUAGAAUAAUAUUUUGUUUUUCAUAGUUUCCCAUACUCCUAGAAAGCCAUAAAUUCUCAGUUGUCCAGAGGCUUUCCCAAACACUCAUUACAGAGGAAGGCCUAGAGUAGACACGAGUGGACACUGCCCCUGGAACACUGACACAGUGAUGGAUGUUUUCUGGUUCCAUACACAUGUCCACCCACUGGUGCAUGAACAUCUUAGGAAUGGUGGUGCCCAGGACCCAGCAAUUGUGAAUAUUGUGGGAAAGACAGGUUUCUUAGUUACAGAGGUACUUGGUUUAGCACUUUCAGAUUUCUUUGCAACCCACAAUAGGAAACAUUUUCUGUCACAACCCAUUAAACACAUUUAUAGUGAACAUUUAGUUAAUAUCAGUGUGUGUAUGUUAAAUAUAUAUUUAACAAAACUACUUCCUUGCUGUGCACGAUGCUCAGGUUUUUUUCAUUCCAUCAUUUUUUAAAUUGGGGAAUAUAUUUUUUUCAUUUUUGAACAAGUACUUGUGGUACUUGUACAAGUACAAGUAUUUGUGGUACACAAGUCAAAGAGUGAAAACGUGAAUAGCAAAAAGUCCGUCUCAUCUCUUUUCCAGCAACCCGCCUGCCCUAAAGGCCUCUGCUGUCAGCAGUUUCCUGUGUAUCUGUGUAUAUAGGUAGGUAUGAGUAUAUAGAAUUCCUCUGAUUCAGGCAGGUUUUUAUUCCUGCUUUUCAGUUUUAGGAGGCAAUGAUCUUGCUAAGAAACUGAUUUAAAAAGUCAUGAAGCUUCUGUGAGUCGUUCAUGUUAGGAGCAUACAUCUUUGAUCUCAGCCAUCCACUGUUGUUGAUAAAGGUGAUGGUUCCAUUGGCUUUUACUGGGCCAGUUGUUCACUUUGAGGUCAGUACAGCUGUGAAACCCUUGCUCCUGCCCCAGUCUAAUUGCCCUCUUCUGGUACCUAUCACCAUCCUGGAGAUUCCCUUUGCCUCUUAGGUUGGAUGUCCUGUGCCCUGUGUAUUCCCUUUUUUGAUUUGUUCCCCCUUUGAUGGCAUGCAUCCUUGAGUAGUUUCCCUAUAAAUGUGAGAGGUAAAAAUAUUCAGAUCUUAAGUGUCUGAAAAUGCCUUUAUUCUCUUCUCCCAUCAUUGAUAGUUUAACAGCAUGUAGUUGGAUAUCAUUCAGAAUUUCAAAGGCAUUGCUCUGUGGUCUAGCAGCCACUUUAAGUGACAAUUUUCUUUUUCUCUUGAAGCUCUUAGAACUUUGGUUUUUCCCCUGUGGUCCAUAAUGAUGUAUCUUGUUAUGCUUUCAUCCUCUGCUCUUGGCACUCUUGAACCUUUCCAAACAAAACCUUAUGUUCUUAGUCCUGGAAAAAUGUAAUUACUUAAUUGAUAAUUGCUUCGCCACUGUGUUUCCCGCUUCCUUUUCCUGGAACUCCUGCUAUUCGGAUGUUGGACCUCUUCUACUGAUCUUCCACUUUCUUUUCUUUUCUCUCCUAUUUUUCCAUUUCUUAUUUUGUUCUAUAAUGCUUUUUGGAAAGUUUCUUCAACUUUACCUUUCAAUCCUAUUGAAUUUUUUUUCCUGCCUGGCAUCAUGUAUUUCAAUAUCCAAGUUUCUUCGAUUUUCUAAAUGUUCCUUCCCUUUUUUUAAAAAAAUUUUUAUUGGAGUAGUAUAGUUGAUUUACAUAAAUGUUCCUUCUUAAUGUUUUUUUUUUUUUUUUUUUUUGGCUGUGUUGGGGCUUCGUUGCGCACGGGCUUUCUCUAGUUGUGGCGAGCGGCGGCUACUCUUCAUUGCAGUGCACAGGCUUCUCAUUGCGGCGGCUUCUUGUUGCAGAGCACGGGCUCUAGGCGCAAGGGCUUCAGUAGUUGCAGCACAUGGGCUCAGUAGCUGCGGCAUGCAGGCCCUGAUUGACAUUUUUGUUUUGAGUGGAAUAUUACCUCUCAAAAAUUUUUUUAAAGUUUUUGAAGAAUCCACGGAAUCCACUGUAUCUUCCAUGUUGCUCUGAUCUGUUUAUUUGGGUCUAUUUGUUCCCCUUAGAGGCUUUCCUUAAAUGCCCAGUGAACCAUGUUUAUUACAAGAGAAAGGAUGGAAAUGCUGAUUGGAAGCUCUGCAUGAGUGGCUGGGUCUUGUAAACUCAGAGGUUCCUUUUCUAUAGGGUAUCUGGGUAGGCAGUUAUAUGAAGAACCCCUGGGGUCAGUGUCUGAAGGUCUUUCCUCUUGGUCUAGCUCCCUAGCACAGAAUCUCUGACUCCUGACUGAGGGUAGAGGUCUGAUGUCAGCACCUGGGAGCUGAGUGGGAAGGAGGUGUGUGGUGGGGGGAGAGGCAUAUGGUCACUUAAUCCCUGUUCUGGUUGUACCUGAGCCCAGUUGUGUGUGCUCUCUCCCAGUCUAGAGACCCUCUGUUUUACUCUUUCCAUAGAAGCAUUGUGACUUCUGUUGAAUGAGGACUUCAGGUUGGAGGGGGCACGGGUCUAGGGAUCUAUUUGUAUUUGCAUGUUUUCUCUCUUUUUCUUUUUUCUUUUGGCCACGCCGUGCGGCUUUCGGGAUGUUAGUUCCCCAACCAGGGAUCAAACCCGGGGCCCCGGCAGUGAGAGUGCCGAGUCCUAACCGCUGGACCGCCAGGGAAUUCCCUCCAUUUGUAUUUGGAACACCUUUUACCCCAUCCUCCUUAACUCAGCUCCCUCUUCUCCUUCAGGACUGAGGUAUCUGGUGGUAUCAGUGCCUGAAUCUUUGGAGGAGUCACUGUGCACCUCAUGAUUUCUCAGCGUUUAGAAAAGCUGGUUUAGACUCAGCUUUCUUGAAUCUACUAACUACUUUGCCACUUGUCCACAUGCUUUCUGCCUUCCACAGUUUUGUUGUCAGUGCCUGUUUGUCUGGUGUGUGUGUUUAAAUUCCUUUAUGAUAGUUUCCAUUGGGUUUGGGGUAGAAGCAAUAUUAAAUGGGUACUUCCUUCUUUCGCCUUUAUUGUGGAAGCUGUUCUUUUCUAGUCUGUGUUCAAUGUAGGUCAAGUGCCUGUGCCUCAUAGUCACUACCCACAGCUGGAGAAAGGCUGCUCAUUUGAAGUGGAGAUUUACAGCAUGCCCACAGCUUUUUCUUUAAAAUUAUAUAUGCAGCUUAUUUCUUAAGAUCUUUUCCCCAACUUCCUUAUUCUCUAUAUUCUUGUAUACAGCAUUCCUUCUCUGACUUUCAUCAUGAUGGUGGGUCUCCUUAUGUUCUGUGUUUCUGAAUUUUCAACAUUGCUUGUACAUAGGUAUUUAUUUUGAUUGGCAACUCUGUUCCUAUAAUCACUUCUAAGACGUAAACUCAGAUUUCUUUAUAAUAAAAUCCUUCUGAGUGCAGUACAUUCAAUUUAUACUUUUACAAUGAAGUUUAACAGUACAGGGGAUUCCCUGGUGGUCCAGUGGUUAGGACUUGGUGCUUUCACUGCUGGGGCCUGGGUUCAGUCCCUGGUCAGGGAACAAAGAUCCUGCAAGCCUCACAAUGUGGCCAAAAAAAAAAAAAGUACAGAAAAGUCACAUGACCUUGAUGGGUCAAAGCAUAUUUUUUUAACCAGUCUUCACAUAUGUGACAUUGACAAUACAGUUAUUUCCAUGGAUUUCUUGGAAGAUGUCAUGAUUUUUUUUUUUCUGGGCCUCUGCCUGACCUAUGGAAAAGAUCCUCAACCCAAGCUUUUUUAAAGUGACAGAUGAUAAAUGACUUAAUUUACUGAAACGGGAAUGAAGAGCAACGGCAUUAUGGAUACAGAGUUUCUUUCUGGGGUGAUGAAAAUUUUCUAGAACUAGAUAGUGGUGAUGGUUUCACAGCAUUGUGAAUGUACUAAUGCCCCUAAAUUGUACAAUUUUAAAUGAUGAUUUAAAAGUUAAAUUUUAUGACGGUUUAUUUGUUGGUUUAUAUCACCCAUAUUAUACUUGCUGAGUUCCUAAUAAUUAGAGAUGUGUGUUUUAUCUUUUUGUACAUCUCCCAAGUUUGAAAUCUGUGCUUGAAAACAUAAUAAAGUAAAUAAAAUAAUAGUUGGCAAAAUACACUUUGAAAAUCACA